AUGGGAGAAGUAGAAAAACUUUAUGAAGAUCAGACUCAAGCUAAUGUACGGUGUUGGAAAUGGUCUUUUCCUAACUUGAAAUCAAGACAUCAACUUGGUAGAAAAUCAAAGAAAAUGGCAUUCAACGUUGCUGAACUAAAGGAAAAGGGGAAUUUUGAGGGUCGAGUUGGGUAUGUUCGUGCAUCUAGCAUGGCAAGCUUAAUUUUGGCUACUCGAGGCAGUGAAAAGCUUGAGUCAAGAAAUUCAUUGAAGAAGGAGGUUAUGUUGUCUCUAAUAGACCCUAAAGUAAGCAAAGUUGGAAUUUAUGGUUGGCCUGGGGUUGGAAAGACCACUCUAGUCAAAGAUAUUGCCAAACAUGUUAAGGAUGAAAAGCGAUUUGAUGUGGUGGCGAUGGCAACUAUAUCUGAAAUAUUGGAUGUUGAAAAGGUUCAAGACGAGAUAGCAUAUCAAUUUGGCUUCCACUUGGAUGAGAAUACCACAAUUGGAAGAGCCGACCGCCUGUGUAGAAGGAUAAAAAUGGAAAAAAAUGUCCUUAUUAUACUAGAUGAUUUAUGGGAGGAAAUUGAUUUGGACAAGUUAGGAAUUCCCUCUGAGCUGGAUGUUAAGGGUGGCAAAUCAUCAUUGCCUUCUCAACGUUUAGAUAUUUCACAGAAGAAUGAGACUUGUCAAGGUUGCAAAUUAUUGUUGACUUCUAGAAGUUUAGAUAUUUUACAUAAGAAUGAGACUCAAAAGGAUUUUGCUCUUGGAACAAUAAAUGAUACAGAAUCAUGGAGGUUGUUUGAAGAUAUGGUUGGUGAUGCUGUUGAAGAUGGUGACUUGAAAAAGAUAGCAACUCAAGUGGUUGAAAGAUGUGCAGGUUUGCCUGUUAUGAUAGUCUCAAUUGCAAAUUCAUUAAAAUAUAAUAAGAAUACUCACUAUUGGAAAGAUGCCUUGAGCAACUUAAAGCAAGUUGAUAAGGGGGACAUGCGUGGGACUGUUUUUUCAGCUUUUGAAUUUACUUACAAUCGAUUGGAAGAUGAUGAAAUGAAGAAAGUAUUCUUGCUUUGUGGUGUACAUGGACCAUCCCUGUUGGUUAGUGACUUGUUGAAAUAUGUAAUUGGUUUGGGUGUUCUGAAACACACAUAUACUGUUGAAGAUGCAAGAAACCGAUUAUAUAGAAUAAUUCAUGCCUUGAAGGCAUUCUGUUUGUUACUUGAUGAUGAUACAAGUGAGACUGAAGCAAUUAAAAUGCAUGACCUUGUUCGUGAAGUAGCUAUUUCAAUUGCUUAUAAGAAUGAAUAUGUCUUCGUGCUGAAAAGAAAUGGUGACAAGGUGCGAGAUUGGUCGAGCAAGGGUUUUCUCGAAAGAUGUACCCAGAUAAUCUUGACACUAUGUUUUAUCCAAGAACUUCCUCAAAAGUUAGACUGCCCCAAUUUAAAAUUUCUCUACUUAUGUGGCACUGAUAAUUGCACUUUGAAAAUUCCAGACAACUUUUUUGAGGGAAUGGAGAAUCUUGAAGCAUUAGAUUUGACAGGCUUGAUAAUACCUGCACUGCCUAUAUCUCUUCUUUCUUGA